UUGGAUUCCUUAUUCAGAGGUGUAUACUUACUUUACUCUUUGACAAGUGUUGUGACCUACAGCAAGUGAUUAUUGAUUUAAAUUAAACAACAGUUAAACUAAAAAUGUGGUUACAAUUUCCAUUUAUUGAUAUUUGAGUAAUAAACUUAUGAAAUGCAGGGCACGGUUGUAUUGUGUUUGAUGACAUUACAAUUUUCCAGCAUAGCAGCCCAAGAAGUAUGUACUGAUUUUCGUGGGAGGGUGAUAUUCAACGGGCUACACUAUGUCCCUAGCUCAGAUACUUGUACAUUGUGCGUUUGUGACAAUGGUAUCCCAAAAGUCUGCAAAGCAGUACUAUGUUCUCCACCACAGGACUGUCGGUCGUUCCGCGUCGGAAACACGUGCUGCGAGUUUAUCUGCCUCGAUGACGUGGUGAAGCCGGCGGAUGCGGCGGAGGCAAACGUGCGCGUGGCGGCCGGCGGCGCCGCGGCCCUGGUGCUGCUCACUGUGGCAGUGGUGGUGUACCGAGUGCGUAGGAUCAAGCGGCGCCGCCCACCGCACGCGGACGACCAGCGCAGCCUCACGAGUAUUGGAUACAUCAGCGGUAGUAUGGGUUAUAUGGGAGGAACAUGUGAGACGGCCCUGGCGGCGUGGAAACCCCACGGAAACUACUUACCUCGAGGAGAAGCCCCGCCUCCCUAUGAUGAAGUUAUAGCGCAAUGCAGACCUGACACUAUCAGAAUAAGCAACGAGACGGCAUUUCAUCGCACAUACCCGAGCACGAUGGAAGCGCUUACUCGGCCCGACGAGUCCGUGCAGUGCUCGGGACACGCGUACGUCAAUAUUCCACGCCCUAUCCAACAGAUGGCAAACACUCAGAAUUGCUUCAACGCACCACUGCUGCAGCCAGUCCAUCCGCCUGAAGCACGAGAACCGAAUCCGAUGCCGCACCAUCCAUUUACAGCGAAUGUGUUGGGAUUUCCGAGCACGAUCCGUCUAACCGGAUCUCUCGGCGCGAUCAGUAAUCGCGGCCUGCUGAGUGUUCUGCAGCGCGACCCUGAACACGAGCGGCCGCACAACGUGCCUGGCUUCUACGCCAACAGCGCCGGGCACACCUCACUACACCGCACGAUCCCGCGGAUAUCAACGGCGGUGGACGCGUCGGCGCUGGAGGCGUGCUUCAGCCGCGAGCGUGGGCUCGGCGGCGAAGUGCGGCGCUCCUUCCACCGCGCCGAGCGUGUCGCCCUGCCCGCGCUGCCACCGCACGCCGCCGCCGCCGGCCGCAGCGUGCCGCGCAACCUGGACCGCGCCGCAAUGGACGCCCGGCCCGCGCUCCCCGCCGCGUCCCUGUCUCGCAUGUCGGGGCCGGGCGUCAGAUCGCGCGCCCCCAGCGAGGAGCAGACCGUUUGUACGGAGCCUUCGCCCCCGCCGCCCGCGCCCGAGCUACCACCGCCCUCGCCCGCCCCCGCGGCCCCGCCACCGGCCACCGCCCCCGCCCCUGCACCCGCACCGACCUCUAUACCGACCCCCGCCGGGGCCCCGCCCCCACACAGUACGCUGCCACUCACCAUCGAUAAGCCAUCGUGUGUAUGCAGUUACGAGCAGGCAAACGUUGCGGGCAGCGAGGAGCCCGAUGAUUACCGCAGUGAAUGCGAAAACUGCAAGUCCGCCAGCAGUUCUAGAUGGGUGUUAGAAGAGGGUUGGGAGGAGGAAGCGGCGGACGGUACGCAGACCCUGCAGCGACGCCCUGUCGGCUCGGCCCUCGCUGCCCCGCCCGCCGCUAGCACGCUGCCGCAGCCCGUCACCAAGCAGAGCCGUACAGUGAUGGGUCCUCCGUCGAAUUGGGAGAAUUGGUUCAACACCAUACCCGAUUCGGAUACGGACUCUGAAGAAGAAUAAUCCAUGAAAAAUUUUGGAGGGACUUUCACAGCACCAAAAGCAGCUUGCCGUAAUCUAUGGGUACCGGUAUAAACCACGGACUUAAGUCAUGAUAUGCAUGACAUUCUAGUAGUUUACAUAUUUGGCAACCUCAAAAAUAUUGCUGUUUUUCUUCCAGUUGCACAGUUUUUUGUUCAUAUCACUCGAAUGAUAUUCGAUUAUUCCAAUUGCAUUAUAGGCAAUCUGAGUUGGAAUAUUCUUCAUUUAUUAAUAAUGACAUUAUAAUUUAAGGAUUAAUUAUACGCACCGCUUUUAAAUAUGUACCUCCAAACGAAACCCUUUAGCUAAUCGUUAUCCAUGGCAAGAGUGAUUAAAUUUAAUAUCCUGUUUUGCCUCUUGCCAAGGCCGUCAAUUGGGAUUGGAAUUACCUAGUAAAUUAAUUCGACUUUCGACGUGCAGGAUGCAGAAAUGUUUGGUUUUAGCCAAACUGGUCAAGUGAGUGGACAUUGGUUAAUUUAUAUUGUAUUUAUUUGUGUGUAUCAUAUGACUUUUUUCCCAGAUAUAAAGUUGAAAUUGUUUUUACAUAAUGCCAAAGAAUAUGAAUGAAAAAUUUUAUUUUUAUUGUUCUGUUAUUUUAUUUGCUCGUUAUAUAUCUUUUUAAAAGAUAAUGUUACAUAUAUAUAUAUAUUUUAUUUUGGUUUGUAUGAAAUACAUAUAAAAUAGUUUUAAGUGAGUAGCUAGAUAUAGUUAGAUAUUCUAACAGAUUCUAUGAUAGUGUAUAAAGUAUGUAAUUUUAAAAGAAGAUAUUUGGUGUUAAGAAUAUCCUGUUCAAAGUAAAUCAUACUCCUUUUAGUGAUAAAUUGGGAAGUUGACUUUGUUAGAAAAUAAUCCUAGAAUUUAAUGGUGCCAAAAUCAAGAAUAAUACAAGGAAAUGAGAAAAAUUAAAUUUGGACUCGGAAAUAUGUAGUUAGGUAGGUAGAAGUUAUUUAUAAUUGUACCUACUUAUUUUGCUAUUGAUAUAAAUACUACAGAAUUUUAAGUAGCCAAACCGCAAUAUUUUUGGAGAAUAUUAUUUUCUAUGUAUUUUUGUUUAUCAAUUAUAUAUUUUUGCCAUUAACCAUACAUAAUUUUUAUCUUUGAACUAUUAUAAAAUUUUAUUUUUUGUAUUCUAAGAUGACACUUAUAAAAUGUAAACAAAAGAUUCGCGAGGCCUAAUCUGAGCUUUACAUUUGUGUGAUUGCAUGCACAUAGAUAGGUGUGACGUCACGCACCUUAAAAGUAUGGACUUCACUCUUGUACUGGUAACAGCGUGACAUGUUUAUUUCUUAAUUUAUCAAUCAUACAUAUCGCAACUGGCCUUUAUUUUAACAAUAUAUAUUAUUUAGUCUUAUUUAUGUAUAUUUUUAAAUAGAAUACCUCUCCCACUUACAUAAGUCUUCAGUUGUUGCGACAAGGUAGGUACAUACCUACAUAAAACAAAAUUUUAUAUUUACAAGUUUUAUUUCCUGAUAUAUUGUUUUAAACUCUCUUAUUAUAUUGUCUUAUAUUGUUUAAUGGAGACUCAAUGAUAACGAUCCCGUUAUUAACUAUAAUUUUUUGUCUGACUCUACUUUUGGUGAUCAAACUCACACAAAUGCAAAGUUCAACUUAGGUCUCACAAACUGUACCUGCGUACACAUUAAAUGUAAUCAGUGUUUUAGGUCCUUUGUGCUACAGUUAGGGUUGCCAGGUGUCUUGUUUCUAACAAAUUCUUCAACAAGUCUGCUUCGUGUUCAGCCUGAUAAAAGUGUGUGGCAGAAGUAACAUUCUGCAAUUUUGUCAAUUUGUUCUGGCAAUCCUAGUUUUAGUAUAUAAAUAUUUUUAAGAGGUGUUUCUGGUUCAGAUGUACGAUGUCUUGUUUUGUUUCGGGUACUGUAAAUGUCUCGUUUAGACAUUUCAACCUGAAAGAAUCAUGAUGGUGAUAGUCUGAAUUUUCAGGGUUAACAAAGUAUUAUAAUAAUGAUUAUAUGUAUUUAAAGCUAUACUUUAUUCUUAACAAUGAAUCGAGUGUGAAAUAUUUUCAGUAUUAACAAACAAUGUAGCGUUCUUUUUUAAUAUUUUUUUUGUAUGGAAUCGUGUUGAUUUCAUGUUCAUAUUGUAUAUUAUAUUUGAAAUUAUUAUAUGAAUCAGACAAUAUGGGUAAAAGCUAUUGAGUAAGUUGUAAUUUGCAUACGCACACUUCAGUGUUUUGUUCUUGUAUAACAAUCUAGCUAACCAUUUCCAUAUAAGGGUAUCUGAUAAGCCCAAUUCUUGAUUUUCUUUUCGUGCAAUUAGUUUUUGAUAGAUUUACUUAUUUUUAUUAUAUAGAAUUUAAGUUUAUAUCAGUCUAAUAGCUUGCGCAGACGAAAGACUUUGGUCCGCGGAGGACAAAUGUCCGUGAAUCGUGAAAAAAAUGUCCGCCGAGUACUUUUCACCGACUCAACGCACACCGUAUGCGAACAUUUGUGGCCAGAAAAUUCAAGGAAGCGCACCUGAAUGAAGUAAAUAUUCUCAGAUUAAGAUGUGUUGCAAUUACUUAACAUGAAGUUUAAGAAAAAGAGAAGACGUUUUAAAGGGGAAUUCUGGGACUAUCUCUUUUAAUCGGAUCUAGCGCGCAAGGCGGGCUAAAGUUCGCUGUUUGCGUUGCUGCGCCCAGGCAUAUGAGUUCUAUUUUUUUUCGGGGACUCCGGCGUCCUUUUGUCCUGUCCGGUAGGUAUCUCGGUGGCCUCGGUUGGUCGAGAGACUUUUAAUUCCUCGUGUGAGUUAUGCGAUGCAGUUGUGCGGUCUAUUUAGGCGGACAAAAGUCCAUCGUCUGUACAAACUUUUUUAAGUA